CACCAACCUCGGCCUCGGUCGGUUACAGCCUUACCUAACACCCGCCCUGUCUCCACCGCAGCUUGCCAGCCAACGUGUUUUUCCGUCCAGCUUUAACCGCCAUCCUCGUUUUCUUCAUCUCUUGAUAUCUUCCAUCUGCUUUUACUCUGCCCAACAUCUCUCCACUCAUUCGCAACUCUCUGCGGCGCGUCUCUCUCCCAGCACUCGCACGCCCUCUCCGUCCAGCCCGUUUCGCGCGUUCAGUCCACUCCGCCCCGCCCACCCAGUCCGCCCCUACGCGUCUGGCUCCCAUCUCUUCGUUGGAUCUUCACGACAUCAAAACAACUUCCAUCAUGGCGCCCAUCCCCGCGAUCCCCUCCAACAACGGCCCUCGCUCGGCUAAGAAGCACUCGCCCGUCGUCAUCAUCGGCUCGGGCCCUGCCGGCCACACCGCCGCGAUCUACCUCGCCCGUGCCAACCUCAACCCUGUGCUUUACGAGGGCAUGCUUGCCAACGGCUUCGCCCCCGGCGGCCAGCUCACCACCACCACCGACGUCGAGAACUUCCCCGGUUUCCCCGAGGGCAUCACCGGCCCCAACCUCAUGGACAAGUUCCGUGCCCAGUCCGAGCGCUUCGGCACUGAGAUCAUCACCGAGACCGUCGCCAAGGUCGACCUCUCGCUCCGCCCCUUCAAGUACUGGGUUGAGGGCGAGGAGGAGGACCACGAGUUCCUCACCGCCGACACCAUCAUCAUGGCCACCGGCGCAUCUGCCAAGCGCAUGAACCUUCCCGGAGAGGAGACGUACUGGCAGAGCGGCAUCUCGGCGUGCGCGGUCUGCGACGGCGCCGUCCCCAUCUUCCGCAACAAGCCUCUUGCCGUCAUCGGCGGCGGCGACUCUGCGGCCGAGGAGGCGAUGUACCUGACCAAGUACGCGUCGCACGUGUACGUGCUUGUGCGCCGCGACGAGCUGCGCGCGUCCAAGAUCAUGGCGAAGCGCCUCCUCGCACACCCCAAGGUGACGGUCGUGUGGAACACGGUGGCGACCGAGGCGUGCGGUGACGGUGAGCUCCUCCAGAGCCUCAAGAUCCGCAACGUCAAGACGAACGAGGUCGCCGACCUGCCGGUCAACGGCCUGUUCUAUGCCAUCGGCCACAUCCCCGCCACCGAGCUCGUCAAGGGCCAGGUCGCGACCGACGAGGACGGGUACAUCGUCACCGUGCCCGGCACUGCGCAGACCUCGGUCCACGGCGUCUUCGCCGCCGGCGACGUUCAGGACAAGCGCUACCGCCAGGCCAUCACCUCGGCCGGCUCGGGGUGUAUGGCUGCGCUCGAGGCGGAGCGCCUCCUCGCCGAGGAGGAGGACGUCGUCGACGCCCCCACGCCUUCCGCUGCCGCCGCCCCGUCCCCCGUCACCAACGGCCACUAGACUAGAUAGAGAUGUAUGAGUGCAGCAGUG